AUGAUUGUCACCGAGUCGAGUGUUCACAAUCGUGGCGAACAAAAAGUUUUUGUGCAGUUGCUCAUCACUACUGUAUUUUAUGGGGUUCGCCUUUUGCAUUUGCUUUUAAAGUAUUUUUGCAAAAAAUCACUGACUUGCAGAUAAUGUCGAUAAUUGUCGAGGUGAUGACGUUUAUCGAUUGGCAAGGCGACGCGGACCUUCAACUGACUCUCAUCGCGUUUUUGAAUGUAUUCAACUACCUUCCCGAACUGUCCCUUCCGCUAUUAUUGGUGUGCAGUAGUGUGCAAGUACGCAAACGCAUUUCGAUAUUUGUGGCACGCAGUCCGAGUGCGACUAUUGUCACGCCCAAGGCGACCAUAGCCACUGCAAAGUCGUAG